GCAGCAGCGUAUAAAUGCAGCCCGGAAGACAUGGAUCAGUUUAGUAAAGAGAAGCAAGAAUACAUGUGUGUGAAACUAGCGCAGUGUUGGUUAGAAACGUAAAGAGAGAUGCGGUGCCUGUCCAGGUCACAGAAACAGAGCCAGGUGUAUAUGGGAUCCCACUGACACAGGAAAGCUUUGCACUUGUCAGCCAGCUGAGGAUCACUACGCGUCACCAUGUCUCAUCGAGGACCUUUAACCGCUGUCAUAACAACAGUACUGGGGGCGACCUUAGGAGGGCUGCUCAUAUGGCGAGUUUACCGAACAAAGAGGAAGAGGCUGCCUUCCGUCCAGAAGGUGGCUGAUCCUGUGGAGGCUCCGUGUCCUGUGAACAAGGAUUUUACAGCUGUGGAGUGCCAAUACACCAAACCGCCAAAUGUGCAGGAGAAGGAGUUUAAGGCAGUGGAGUGUCAGACCACACAGCAGCCCCCGCCUGUACAGAUCCCGUCUUAUGAACAGCUGCUGGGAGUGAAACCAGUGAUGGUGAGCUCUGAGGAGGAGUGGCAGCAGCUGUGGCCCCUGAUGGAAAAGGAGCUGUCAGUCUUCCCUGUGCUGGGGCUCGACUGUGAAUGGGUAAAGAUAAAAGGCGUGUCUGUGAAGGGCCGAACCUCUGCGGUGUCCCUGCUGCAGAUGGCCACAUAUUCAGGUCUGUGUGUCCUGGUGAGGCUGCUGGCGUUUCGCAGCGGCCAGCAGCCGUUCCCUCUCAGCUUAAUGGAAGUCCUCCGAGACCCACACGUUCUGAAAGUCGGCGUCGGCUGCUACGAAGACGGAAAGCGUCUGACGCGCGACUACGGUCUGUCUCUGACGUGUACAGUUGACCUGCGCUAUCUUGCCUUAAGACAAAGGCAGGCUACAGUGAAUAACGGCCUCAGUCUGAAGUCUCUGGCAGAAGAUCUGUUGAAUGUGUCUCUAGAUAAAUCCCUGGAGCUGCGCUGCAGUGACUGGGAGGCAGAUCAACUGACGCUGCAGCAGAUGACUUACGCUGCCAGAGAUGCCCAAGUCUCCAUCGCUCUCUUCCUUCAUCUCCUCGGCCUCCACUCUGAAGCCAGUCCCGAAUCUCCCAGUGGGAGCUCCUACUCUGAGUUGGCCUCCCGCUGCCAGGGUCUGGUGGACGUGCCCUUCAGGGGCCGAGGAGACGGAGAAGACAGAACUCCUGACGGAGAGAGGAGGCGGAGGACGCGGAAAACGCCCACUUAUGAAAGCCCGGAGUCUGGAGAUCAGCAAGUCCCAGACCCUCGAAAGAACAACAAGAGGAAACCGCUGGGUGUGGGUUACUCUGCCAGGAAGUCUCCUCUCUAUGAUAACUGCUUCCUCCAUGCUCCAGAUGGCCAGCCUCUGUGUACCUGCGACAAGAAGAAAGCCAAAUGGUACCUAGAUAAAGGAAUAGGAGUGCUCCAGAGUGAAGAGCCUUUUGUAGUGAGGCUGCUGUUUGAGCCGUCAGGACGUCCCGACUCCCAACAGGACUAUUAUCUCACUGCAAAGGAGAAUCUCUGCGUCGUCUGCGGGAAAGCUGAUUCCUACAUCAGGAAAAACAUCGUGCCACAUGAAUACAGACGGCAUUUCCCCACCGAGAUGAAGGACCACAACUCCCAUGACAUCCUGCUUCUCUGCACCAGCUGCCACGCCGCCUCAAACGUGCACGACAGCUUCCUGAAGCAGCGUCUGGCUGAAGAGUUCUCUGCCCCUCAGGGCUGCGAAGAGGGAGUUCGCCUGCUGGAGGACUCGGACCGGCGGCGAGUGCGUUCGGCGGCUCGGGCUCUGCUCACCGCCAGGGAGGAACUGCCGGAGCAGCGGCGAGAGGAGCUGCAGGCUUUGAUCAAGAGCUUCCUCGACAUGAACGAGGAGCAGGAGCUGACGGAGGAGGUGGUGCAGCAGGCCGGCAGUUUGGAGACGAGGAUCUUCAACGAGGCGUACGUGCCUCACGGUCUAAAGGUGGUGCGAGCCAGCGCCGAGCAGGGCCUGCGGGGCCUGAUGGACCUGGAGCGCCGCUGGAGGCAGCACUUCCUCACCACCAUGCAGCCUCGCCACCUCCCUCCUCUCUGGUCCGUCGACCACAACCACAGCAAGUUCCUCCGCAAAUACGGAGAGGACCUGCCCAUCAAACUCAACUGACCUUCGUGGACCACAAGCAGCUACCAAACCAGAACAGGAAACUGAAUCUUCUCAUCCGCCGGUUAACAUGCCGGGUGGAUUUGAAACUUUCCACAGCCACUCAAUUUCACACGCCAAAUCGCUUUUUUGUAGUGAGCGGAUGACUGAACGCAUCUACUAGCCGGGACCGAAAUGUUACCAGCAUGUUCAUGUUUCCACGACGAAAUUGUGAGUGAACCCACUCGAUCUGCGAUGGACAUUUGACGACGUUCUCCGGUGACGCGUACCUGAGCGCCAGUGAGACGCUGCUAGGUUUCCACCUGCAACUUAAACAGAGACUCCACGAGUGGAACGAAAAUCCAGCACUGAAUCUGAAACAUUAACAUCAUGUGAUUGCAUAUGGACACUUUUUUAAUCAUGGAAAAUGUAUCAUUAUUUAUGGAAAAAGUUAAAACUAUUGAAAUUUAUAAACUGAUUUUUAGAAGAAGCUGCAGCCUGCUCUUAAUUCCCCCUAAAUUUAGUUACCACCCUGCCCCACCCUGCAGGUUCGCAGCUAUCAGUCUGGGAAUAAAUGCUUUGCAGAGAGAGGUCCAUUUUAACAUGACCUUUAAUUAUUCGGCGCUUCACCCUGCUUUUGUUUCAGUCUGUUGUCUGUUUUAAGUCAAUAGAUGAAAGUUUCUGAGAAGCAUCUUGAAAUCAGACUUCAUCUUUGCUUCUUUAAAAGACGAGUUUGGCCUUGAGGUGCCUGAAUGUGCUCCAUCUCAGUUUUCUGCAGGUGGAGACGAACGCUAAACGCAGUGAAGUUGGCUCAUUUAGUUGAUCAUUUAAACGCCUGAUGUUCACGUCCUGCUGCCGAUGCUCCUGAUGGUUGGGACACCUUCCUGGCUCGUGUUUUAAUGUGCCUCUUAAUCCCCACACCUGACUGGAGCCUCGUCGCAGCGUCAGGACGCGACCUCGUUUCAGUUUACAGCGACGUCUUUACACAGAAUCCAAACUGCACAGUGAAGAAAAGGUGCCAACUCUAAUGUGAUUUAGAAAAUUACCUUAAAACUACCCCCCCCU